AUGGCAGUCAAGCUGGAUAUCAGCAAGGCCUAUGAUAGGGUGGAGUGGGGAUUCUUGCGACAGAUAAUGCUAAAAUUGGGUCUUGCCCCAAGAUGGGUGCACUUGGCCAUGGAGACACUCACCACUGCCUCAUACUCCGUUCUAAUAAAUGGGGAACCACGAGGCUUCAUCACCCCAUCAAGAGGUAUAAAGCAAGGAGACCCACUCUCACCAUACUUGUUCCUGCUCUGUGCUGAAGGCUUAUCAGCUAUGCUAAGAAAAGCCGAAGAAAGCCACCAGUUAAGAGGCAUAAAAUCUAGCCAACAAGGGGUUUGCAUCUCCCACCUAUUGUUUGCAGAUGAUAGCCUUCUAUUUUGUCGAGCCACCGUGGAGGAAUGCCAGCGGUUACUGGACUUUUUGGAGAUUUGUGAGGCGGCAUCGGGACAAGCAAUCAAUAGACAAAAACUUCAUUGUUUUUUAGCACAAAUACCAAGCCAGAGGUGA